AUGGAUAAGGUGGCCGCCUCCUCUUUGAGCUUCUUCAAGAGCGUGAGGUUUAGUGAUGAGUACAAGCAUUUGCCAGCUUUUCUGUUUGGGGAAUCCAUGGGUGGACUUGCAACCAUGUUGAUGUACUUCCAAUCGGAGCCUGGAACUUGGACAGGGUUGAUUUUCUCCGCCCCGCUUUUUGUAAUUCCAGAACCCAUGAAGCCCUCUAAGGUACAUUUAUUCAUGUACGGACUGCUAUUUGGAUUAGCUGAUACAUGGGCAGCCAUGCCGGACAAUAAGAUGGUAGGGAAGGCCAUUAGAGACCCCGAAAAGUUAAAGAUUAUCGCGAGUAAUCCAAGAAGAUACACUGGGAAGCCCAGAGUCGGAACAAUGAGAGAGAUAGCAAGACAGUGCGAGUACGUGCAAAACAAUUUCCACAAGGUAACAGUUCCAUUUUUGACAGUUCACGGGACGUCAGAUGGAGUCACUUGCCCGUCUGGGUCGAAGAUGUUGUACGAGAAGGCAAGCAGUGAGGACAAGAGUUUGAAGCUUUAUGAAGGAAUGUGCCAUUCAUUGAUCCAAGGGGAGCCUGAUGAAAGUGCAAAUCUUGUUCUGGCUGAUAUGAGGGCUUGGAUUGAUGAAAGAGUUGAGAGGUAUGGUCCAAGGUGCAAUGGCACUGUGUAA